UCGAAAGUCAUAGCCAUGAGCUCGAUAUCAAAUGUGGAAAAUUUGUCACCACAAACCAUUCGUCAAGUAAUGAAGGAAAUGCAGCAGAUCAGUGAAACACCAUUGGAAGGCAUAAAAAUACAAAUAAAUGACGCUGAUGUAACUGACAUUCAAGCACUUAUCGAGGGUCCAGCUGGCACGCCAUAUUCUGGUGGAGUUUUUCGUGUCAAGCUAACACUCGGAAAAGAUUUUCCGCAAUCACCGCCCAAAGCCUUUUUCCUAACAAAAAUCUUCCACCCAAAUGUGGCGGCCAAUGGUGAAAUUUGCGUUAACACAUUAAAGAAGGAUUGGAAACCAGAUCUCGGUAUUAAACAUAUAUUGCUAACCAUUAAAUGCCUUCUUAUUGUACCCAAUGCGGAAUCUGCGCUAAACGAAGAAGCUGGCAAAUUGCUACUUGAACGUUAUGAUGAUUAUUCUCAGCGCGCUAAAAUGAUGACAGAGAUUCAUGCUCAGCCCGCUAAGGGGGCGGCUAGUGGUGAUGUGAAAGAUGAUGAUGGUCCCUCGUCUAAAAAACAUGCCGUUGACAAAAAACUUCAAGAUAAGAAAAAAGAGAAACUAAUUAAGGAGAAGAAGCGCAUGUUGAAGCGGUUAUGAGGCGGUGGAUGUAAACGAAAUGAGCCUAUCCUGCAGGCUGUAACACUUCAAGUCACCUUCGCGUUCAAUUCUUAAAGAAAAUUAAAAUACAUAAAUGCAAACUAAGCCAAAACAUCAACAAAAUCAAGUGGCAAGUGCAAAAACAGCAGCAGUUAUAAUUAACAGUAAAAACAAAUAUUAAAUUAACUAUAACCCAGAAAAGUAUUGAAAAGAGGUGUAUGUGAGAAGACGAGCAGCAGCACUCUCAAUAAAUACCCAUCAAUAACCAUAACAAGAAACUCCCUCCACACAUAAUAUAAAGCAAUCUCUGAAAAACCACGGUCUUUAUUGGAAAAUCUCGCAAAAUGCUAAUGUACAAUGCUUCAAUUUAUAACUUCAGCUUACAAAUGCAAAUGCAUUUUAUUUUAUAUUCUUCGCUAGCACAUCAUACGUUAAAUGGAUUAAUUAUAAGGCACUUGGCGUUUUAUUACUUGAAUUUACUUAAAUUUGGAUUCGAUACCGUAGACAUCACAAGGAAUUUUCCUUACUUAAGUCAUCUUCGAUGUCUUUACUUCUCUCUGAGUUUCUCCUUUACCAAAUUAGUCAAAAUAGUGUAAUUGUUUUAAAAAAGCAAAUUAAAAACGUAAUACUAAGUUUUAUUUUAGCAUUAAUUUAUCUAAUAUUUGUAUUGUUCUUAAUUGCCUACCUACAAACUCAAAAGAGAAACUAAACCAAAACUAACUUAAUGCUUAUGCGCACUAUGAUACAUGCACACCUCUAUGAAGAAAAA